AUGGCUUCCAACGCUGGCUCGCCGCCCGCAGCAACAACACCCGGCGGAAGUGUUGACAUUAAACCUAUCAUCUCUCGAAAGCCUUCUCUAUGCAUGAAACCACUUCAAGAAUCACCCGUCGCGACCCCCACUUCCGCAUCGCCGCCCUUGUCCCUUACCAGCAAGGAAUGGGUUAUUCCACCACGACCAAAGCCAGGCCGGAAGCCCGCCACCGACACUCCUCCCACCAAGCGCAAGGCGCAGAACCGGGCUGCGCAGAGAGCGUUUCGCGAGAGGCGUGCCGCGCGUGUGGGGGAGCUUGAGGAGCAACUCAAGCAAAUUGAGGACGAGAAUGAACAUGAACAGCAAUUGUUGAAGGACACGAUUGAGAAGCUCGAGAAGGAGCUCGAGCAGUACCGAGCUGAUCUCGCCAACUGGGUGGAUCGUUGUCGGAGACUGGAGAGCGAGCUUGCUUCUCUCAAAGCUAUCCGGUCGUCGCCUGGGAAGUCUGGGGCCGUUACGCCUACGCAAGGCAAAGAGUCCCCGGCGGCUGGCCCGGACACCAUCGACAAUGCAGUGGGCUGUGGCAAUUGUACAUUGGAAACCAGAUGCCAGUGUAUCGAUGAAGCCUUCACAGCCAUGGGCGGCGAACCUGCGACGAGCACGCAUCAACAUGAGAAACGUCCCCACUCUCCGGCCCCGGGGGAAAGUGAGAAAAGAAUCAAAGUCGAGCCCAAGGAGUCUCUAGAGAUCGACUUCACUGCCGUCUACGCCCCCAAAGUCCUGCCCAGCGUCACUCGGGUGGAGGAUCGUUCCCCAACUUCGGCUGUCGCCGAUCCUUGUGGCUUUUGUUCAGACGGCACGCCGUGCAUCUGUGCCGAAAUGGCCGCCGAGCAGGAACAGGCGCAAAACCAGAGCCCGGCCAGACCUGCGGGCUUGGCAGCAAACCAUCCAAGACAGAUCGAUCAGUUCACUCCGCCUCCGUCCGAAGGCGAUGUCUCAAUCUCCCUCCCAGCCGUGGCCUCGCUCGCUUCAGGGUGUGGAACUUCCGGACCGGGAACAUGUGCCCAAUGCCGCGCCGAUCCAAAUAGUACUUUGUUCUGCAAGUCGCUGGCUGCAUCACGAGCGCAAUCUGCCAGCAGUACUCCUGUCGGCUGCUGUGGCGGACAAACCGCUGGGGGAUCUUGCUGUCAGAGCCAAGCGCAGAACGGAUCUGUUCCUCUGCCUCCACGAACUACCCGUUCGCGAGCGGCGGCCGUGCCAUCGCACGGUAGAGCUCACAACACUCUACCGCCGCCGCCACCACCACCAAAAGCUGGCGUGACGCUCACUUGCGCCGACGCAUAUACUACACUAAGUCGUCAUCCCGCCUAUGAGCGAGCGAGCGCUGAUAUCGCUACCUGGCUCCCCAAACUGCAUGCCAGCGAUUCCAACCCUGCCAUCGUGGGACGACCGGCAUUGGAGAUAGACGCGGCCAAUGUCAUGGCAGUCUUGAAGGAUUUCGACCGGCGCUUUGGACAGAAUUGUUGA